CCAAAGUCCCUAUUUAGGGCCUUGGGGUAGUUAAUGUGUAAUAUCCUGGGAUUAUAAGCCUGACCGAGAGGGGGUACCUUGAGCUCAAGCCUCUAGGAGCAACUGGGAGAGCUGUGUCCAGGAGCCGUCACCAUGUCGGAGAAAUUCGAGGUCACAAACCUGAACAUGAAAUCAGGGAUGUCCCUGAAGAUUAAAGGCAAGAUCCACAAUGAUGUUAACAGCUUCACCAUUAACCUGGGCCAGGGGAAAGAAACGCUGAACCUGCAUUUUAACCCUCGCUUCAAUGAAUCCACCAUUGUCUGUAACACCCUUGACGGUAGCAGCUGGGGACAAGAGCAACGAGAAAACCAUUCCUGUUUCAGUCCAGGGUCAGAGGUCAAGGUGAGGUCAAAGGGGAGCCCAAAGGUGGUCCUCCUGCCCCGGCCUGGGGAGCCCCACCAGGCACCUGUCAGGACACUUCCCAGGCUCUCCUCACAAGCUUCCUCCCCCUUGCAGCUCACCCUUACCUUCCAAGACAAAGACUUCAAGGUGACGCUGCCUGAUGGACACUCGCUGACCUUCCCCAACAGGCUGGGCCACAACCACCUGCGCUACUUAAGCAUGGAUGGGCUCCAGAUCUCCUCCUUCAAGCUCGAGUGAGCAUCUCCUCAGAAGACCUUAGCCCCAAACCAGCUUCAGCCAGCCCUCCAGCAAGCCCCCACCAGAACCGCAGUCUUUAUAGGUUCUGCUCUUACUCACCGUUCACUCUGAACUCCUGCCCUAACUAAUUAACCCCUUCCCCAAGUUCAAGGCCAAAUAAAAGAAUCCAUUUUUAUUAUUUCCACAGCAAGAA